CUCUACCAACCCUUCCCAAUACCUCAGCUUCGAGUAUCUGUAUUACUACGACAUCACAUCAAACCAACAAUGUCCACCUUUAAGGAAGUCAUCAGUGAGCGACCUAGGCAGCCUCCCACAACGUAUAUAGGGCAAUACGCAUACAUGGCAGAGACUUCACUCCCUCGGCCCGACUAUGACUCGCUGAUGAAAGCGGGUGAAGAAGCGUGCAAGAUUCUGCGUCAAUCUGGCCUGCCGAUUGACCAUAAGGGAGAGCAAGCCUGGCCCGCGGGCGCCGAGAGGCUCAACGCUCAGGUCAGGGCAAAGCACAGUGCAACUCCAGAGGUUUCCGACGGAUUUAAAAGAUUUGUUGAACAGGCUCGGACCGCGAUUGCAAACGCCAAGUGA